AUGUCGCACGCUUGGAUAGGCGCAGGGCUGUUGGCCGCGUUCCUGGCGAAAGCUCAUGCGCAGCCGCCUUUCUCCAAUCCCUUCGCACCCCCCUCCACUGCCACCACCGGAGCGCCAUUCACCGGGAUCGCCAACACGCCCACCAGCACCAGCACCACACCUACACCCACACCCACUCCCACAUCCACGCCUACCACUCUCCAAACCACAACUAACCCCCUACUCGCAUCAACAAGGAGCGUGGCCAAGACAGCGAGCAGCAAGUCUCGAGUCACGCCGUCAUCAUCGUCCUCAACCACAGCAACAUCGUCAGUCCUUCCGCAAAACACAAGCCCAGCCGGUCAAUCAGCCACCUCCACCUCGACCAGCGCAGCCUCUUCCUCCACCCUGGGCUCGGCCGCGCAAAAUGGUGUCAACCCGGUCGCGUCGCAUUCCGGCAUGUCGAGCUCCGCAAAGAUUGGCAUUGGUGUUGGAGUCGGUGUAGGACUCGCCCUGCUCGCCCUUCUGGCACUCCUCGCCUUCCUCUUCAUGCAGCGACGGAAGAAGAGACGGGACCGCGAGUCGCAUGCAUCGGCAGAAAAGCUGCGGCAUGCCAGCGAUCGCCCGGCCAUGGCCUCGGGCGUGCCAGCCUUGGCCGGCGCCGCCGCCCUCGGUCGCUCGACCUCCAACGCCUCGAGUCAAUACGAGCCGCGAACACCCUCCCGCCACUCAUCCAUCAUUGCACAUGAAGCCGCGACACCCGCCGACGCUACCGCGGAGCCAAAAUCUCUCCGGUCACCGCCUCGACAGCCGCCGCAAUUGAUCCUUCCCACCCACGAACCCGCUUUCGACGACUCGUUCGCGGCGCCGGGCUACCUUGGCACCCAGAGCGCGCUCGAUGGCAGAUCAGGGGAGGUGUCGCCGGUGUCGGGAGUUUCGCCAGUUGACAGCCGGCCGCCGUCUCCGCUGAGUGAGAGGGAUCUAUAA